UCCAGCUGCGACUCCUCGGCAGCUGUUCCGUCUGCUCGCCGGGGAGGACAUGCUUCCUCUGACAGAGUGCAGUCAGUGAUCCGUGCGGCUUUUUCCACUGCGCUCAGACGCAAACCAUCCUGCAAACUGCCCAACACACUACCACAUCCACGCUUUCAACAUGCCUGGAUUGCUGCUCGGAGAUGUGUUUCCUAAUUUUGAGGCAGAGACCACCUGUGGGAGAGUUAAACUCCACGAAUAUCUCGGUGAUUCAUGGGGUAUCCUGUUCUCUCACCCCCGAGAUUACACCCCUGUAUGCACCACGGAGCUGGGUCGAGUUGCCAGGUUGAGCGGCGAGUUCAGCAAACGCGGCGUCAAACUGAUCGCUCUGUCCAUCGACAGCCUGGAGGAUCACUGCGGCUGGAGCAAGGACAUCCUAGCGUACAACUGUGAGAAGUCUGAGUGCUGCAAGCUGCCCUAUCCCAUCAUCGCGGACAGCAAGCGGGAGCUGGCAGUUUCUUUGGGCAUGUUGGAUCCAGAUGAGAAGGACAAAGACGGCCUGCCGCUCACUGCUCGCUGUGUUUUUGUUAUUGGAACUGACAAAAGGCUGAAACUGUCCCUGCUCUACCCGGCAACCACAGGACGCAGCUUCGAUGAGAUCCUGCGUGUGGUAGACAGCCUCCAGCUCACAGCUGAGAAACGAGUGGCCACACCCGCCGACUGGAAGCCUGGAGAAUGCGUGAUGGUGCCUCCAAACAUGCCUGAGGAGGAGGCCGCCUCUUUGUUCCCGGCCGGCGUCUUCUCCAAGGAACUGCCCUCUGGGAAGAAGUACCUGCGCUACACUCCAGAUCCACGCAAUCAGGGAGAAUGUGUGGACACUGAACGCUCACAGACUGAACCGAAUUCAUGAACGUCUCUGUUAUAAUGGGCUUAUUUUAUGAUGGUGAAAGACAAAAGCCAAUGUCAGAUAUGUCUCAAUGAGUUAGACAAAAUGAAUACAAGUGUCUUAAUGUAGCAGCAUGAUUAUCCUUAUACAACCCGUUUAUGACAGGGUGAUUCUAAAUUGGGGGAAAUGAAAAAUAAUUCUUAUAAAUAUAUUCUAGACAAAACACAUAGAUUUCCACUGCAAACAUUCCCAAAAUAUGUUUUUAAACAGCUCUGUGUGUAUUUGGGUCAGUGACAUCACAAGAGGCACAUUAGCCAUACUGAUCUGCUAGAAUAAGUAAGCAUUGCGUCAGACCAGCAACGUUUGACUAAUUUAGACACAGACGUUGCACCUGAGUAUUAAGGGUCCUCGUGUUUUAGAGUUGGACUUCGAUGACCCCAAAGCCGUGAUAGAUUCAUCCAUGGAGGGUGAAGCUGAAGCAAGUGAUCAUGAUCAUCCUUGGUACUUUACCUAGUAUAAAUCAGUUUUUAUUGCAGUUUGAAUGUUUAAAUUUGUUUGCGUAUUUCCUACUAGUAAAAAAAAGUAAAUGGCAUAUUCUGCUUUCAUCACCUUACAUGGUUGAGUAUUGCCAGUACAAUGGCACUUCAUACAGUCUGAACUCAUAAUACUGUAGCUUACUCAGAAAAAAGUAUUUCCUUCAACUUGGCUUGAAAUGAUCACUAAAGCUCUUUGAUACUGAAAUCAGGCCAUUCCAGUCAGCCAGGGUCCUCUUCACUAACAGCUUCCAUGUGUUUCACUGUUGGCAAAUGUUUCUAAAAUCCCUGUACUGUUCUCACAUUUUCCUUCCAUAUACAAAAAAUGUUUUUUAUUACAAAAUAUGAUUUUGUAUUCAGCCUUGUUUACUGUGGCAUCCCUAAAUAAAGUCCAGUAUAAAUCCA